CACGGAUGAAACGGGGAGGUAUGGACGCAGUGGAGAACAUCAGCAUCUGUAUCAAACGAUGAAGGCUGUGCCCAAACGGACGUUUUAUGCUUAAAAAUAGAAGGAAAGAAGAGCUUCUGACACAAUGUAUGGGUUUGUCAAUCACGCCCUGGAACUGCUCGUUUUAAGGAACUACGGACCGGAAGUAUGGGAAGAUAUCAAGAGAGAGGCUCAACUGGACAUCGAAGGACAGUUCCUCGUUAGAAUCAUAUACGACGAUACCAAAACAUACGAACUUGUUGCAGCUGCAAGCAAAGUUCUCAAAAUUGAUGCGGGAGACAUCCUACAGAUGUUCGGGAAGAUGUUCUUUGAGUUUUGUCAAGAGUCUGGAUACGACACCAUCUUGCGAGUGUUGGGCUCGAACGUCCGUGAAUUCCUUCAGAAUCUGGACGCCCUUCACGACCACCUGGGAACCAUCUAUCCAGGAAUGAGGGCUCCCUCCUUCCGUUGCACCGACGCAGAGAAGGGCAAGAAUCUGAUCCUUCACUACUACUCGGAAAGAGAAGGCCUGCAGGACAUUGUGAUUGGCAUCAUUAAAACGGUCGCGCAGCAAAUACAUGGAACAGAGAUAGAGAUGAAGAUGAUCCAGCCGAAAAGCGAGGAGUGCGACCACAUCAAGUUCCUGAUCGAGGAGAAGGACUCAGAGGAAGAGGCCUUCUACGAGGACCUUGACGGCUUUGAGGAGAAUGGCACGCAGGAGACACGCAUCAGCCCGUAUACGUUUUGCAAGGCCUUUCCUUUCCACUUGAUGUUCGACAAAGAUCUGAUGCUCACGCAGUGCGGCAACGCCAUUUACCGAGUCCUGCCUCAGCUCCAGCCCGGCGCCUGCAUCCUCCCUUCGGUGUUUUCCCUGGUCCGCCCGCACAUUGACUUCGGCUACCACGGCAUUCUUUCCCACAUCAACACUGUCUUUGUCCUGCGAAGCAAGGAGGGCCUGCUAAAUGUGGAGACUGUGGAGAAUGAGGACGAGCUGACGGGGGUGGAAAUAAGCUGCCUGAGGUUGAAAGGACAGAUGAUUUAUUUGCCCGAAGCGGAAAACAUCCUUUUCCUUUGCUCGCCCAGUGUGAUGAACCUGGACGAUCUGACACGAAGAGGCCUGUACCUGAGCGACAUUCCGCUCCACGAUGCCACGCGGGACCUGGUGCUGCUGGGCGAGCAGUUUCGUGAGGAGUACAAGCUGACUCAGGAGCUGGAGAUCCUAACCGACCGCCUGCAGCAUACACUCCGGGCCCUGGAGGAUGAGAAGAAGAAGACAGACAGAUUGCUUUACUCCGUCCUGCCGCAAUCUGUUGCCAACGAGCUGCGACACAAGCGUCCUGUACCGGCGAAGCGCUACGAUAAUGUCACCAUCCUCUUCAGCGGCAUCGUGGGCUUCAAUGUCUUCUGCAGCAAGCACGCCUCUGCUGAGGGAGCCAUCAAGAUAGUCAACCUGCUCAAUGAUGUUUACACCCGCUUCGACAUCUUGACAGACACUCGGAAGAACCCCUAUGUAUACAAGGUAGAGACGGUGGGUGACAAAUAUAUGACGGUGAGCGGUCUGCCGGAGCCGUGCACACAUCACGCCAAGUCCAUCUGCCACCUGGCCCUCGACAUGAUGGAGAUCGCUGGACAAGUCAAAGUAGAUGAGGAGCCCGUACAGAUUACGAUCGGGAUCCAUACGGGUGAGGUGGUGACAGGGGUGAUUGGCCAGAGGAUGCCACGCUAUUGCCUGUUUGGAAACACGGUCAACCUCACCAGUCGCACCGAAACCACAGGCGACAAGGGCAAGAUCAACGUUUCAGAAUACACUUACAGGUGUCUGCAGUCCGCUGAGAACGCAGACCCGCAGUUCCACUUGGCGUAUCGCGGCCCCGUCACCAUGAAGGGAAAGAAGGAGCCCAUGAAGGUGUGGUUCUUGUCCAGGAGGUCCACUGACACGCCAUAAGUCCCCUCACCACACGAAUAAAAUGAAACACCAUGGUUUUGAUAUGAUGCAAAAACAUUUUCAUGAAACGGUGCCAUUGUGCUCUGCCACACCAUAAUAUAUACAUGUAUAUACAUAUAUAUUUUUUUUAGCAUACAGUGUGUCAUGACCAGUGUAGGGUAGUAUUUGUUAAUGAUAACUGUUGUAUUUGUAACGCACUUUUCAUAGAUAAAAUGCACAUAAUCCCAUAUAAAAAAGAUUUAACAAUUACAAUUGCAUAGAUAAGAAUAUAUAAUUUUUUGCAGGUUUGUGUGAAAUGGUACAAAUUUAACGUUAAUAUUUCGUAAUAUUGCUUAAUUUAGUUAACAAGUGAAUUGUACACUUACCUGAAAGGACAUUAUGUUUAAGAAUGAGUACGGUACUAUUUCUUUUGACGUGUGUACUCUACUGUGUACUAAUGUGUACUCACCUGCCAAAAUAUUAGCAAGCCAAAUUAGAAUGAGCCAGUAUAUAAAGUAAAAUACUUUUACUCACAGUGAAUUAUUUCAAGAAUUAAUUCCUACAUUUCUUCACAAUUUUGAUGAUUGUAUCGGGGUUUCAUGCUGCCCAUUCCGAUACCGAUCAUCCAUGAGUGAGAAGGGUCGAUACCAACACGGAUCACAUGUAUUAACUGUAAAUGUUUCAAUGUUCUUAUAGUGAGUGCUAUUGACAGUAUAACAAUAUCAACACAAUAUUUAAACUGCUUCUUUAUUCUCUUUUACUACAUACAAUUGUUUGAGCAAAAUUAGGUCAUUAGUACACAAUAACUAAAGUAAGUACGAGUACUAUCUACUACUCAUUUAAAAUCCUUUGAUUUUUGCUCACAAAGUCCCCUCUGUGAGUUUGUAAACAUCAACAAAAAUAGAAAAAAAUGAUUCUGAGAUAAUACAAAUUUUGACCUAAUGACUAUAGUAUUGAUCAGUAGGCCUGAGCCGAUAACAAAUUUUGCUUGACGAUAUAGUGACGAUAAACGAUAUUAUUGCCAUUAUUUUUUUGAGACCAAAUUAACCACUGAUGUAAUGACAAUAAAUAAUAAAUAGAAGUAUACCAUUUCAAAUGCAAUUUACAUGUAUUUCCUGUAUAUUUUAACAUUGUUAUUGAAAUGUAAACUUUUAAAUACCAAGGUAAAACAAACAAUAAAAAAUAAAAUAUACUCUGUAAGCAAAAUUUUGCACUUGAAGAAAAAUCACAACCAAAAUCAAUAAAAUGGGUUUUGUCUCUGUUAAGAAGGGGCUGGGGGACCCUCAAAUAUACAUAACCAAAACAAAAAAUAAAAUGGUUAAAGUAAUGUUGACCAAAAUUACCAUUAUUAUCUUGGUAUUGUUAUAUGUGCUCAAAAAGUAUUCAUACACACUUAAAUUGUAUUAAGUUGUAUUUUUUUAAUUACCAAAAUAAAUAGACACAAAAUAUUUUAUUGGCACAGGAAACAUCAAAUAUCACUAUGGCUUCAUAAGAGCCCUAUUAUUUUUAUGUGUGUUUAAAUAUAUUGAUAUUUUAUUUUUAAUUUGAAAGGGUGAUCGAUCAGUUGUUUCACUUCCGAUCACGUGACUUUACAUCCUUUUUAUGGGAGUUCAUAUUUGAUACUGUCGCAUUUAUCAACCACUUUGAGCAAAAACAGCACAUAAUUUAUGUUUAAUGAGAAUAUUGUACAUCACUUGUUUAAAAAGUAAUGUGUUUGUAAGAUUGAGAAAUGACGUCUACAAUGAGGAAAUACGCCAAAUGUCUGUUGUUUACAUGUUAGCACUCAAGCUAGCAGGCUAGCGCCAGUCAGUCCAUCCGUAUCAAAGUACAAUAAAUGAGGGUUAUUUGAUACGAUAAUACAAACCGUCGGGAGUUGUAAAGCGGUUAUCGCCACUGCCAUUUUAUUUGUACCGCUCUCGCCGAACACGCACAUUAAAAAUACAAACUUGGAUAUGAACGGAAGAGCCGCGGCCCCGCCCCGCCUCACAAAGAGUCCAAUACACUUAGUGAGGACAAGAUAAUUCACCUCCUUUUAUUCCGCUUCAGCACAAACGCGAGCAGCUGCUGAAACCGACGAAAAGUGUGAAUGCUCUUUGAAACAGACACAUGGCGAUUUAUCCACACUGGAAAAUGUAUCGACUUAAUUUUAAUUAAUCGUCAGUUAAUUAAUUGAUUUAUCGAAUAUCGGCUCAGGCCUAUUGAUACUACCCUUGGUAUCGACAACACCAAUUUAAUGGAUGGAUCUGCCCUCCUGUAUGCUGACACAACAGUUAUUGUUACAUUAUCUUUUCUCCAACUCUACUUAUUAAUUUCAUGAUGAUAUCUGCUUACUUUCUGCCUCCAUCUGCACUUUUCAAACUUUACUAAGCACUUAUUUAUUUCGGUUGUUUCUAACUAGUUUAGCAGUUAGCUAUUAGCAUGCCAACUGCUUUGAUUGAUUGAUUGAUUGAUUGAUUGAAACUUUUAUUGAAUUGAUUAACGUGGACGCCGACUUAAACAAGUUGAAAAACUUAUUCGGGUGUUACCAUUUAGUGGUAAAUUGUACGGAAUAUGUACUGUACUGUGCAAUCUACUAAUAAAAGUUUCAGUCAAUCAAAACGUUAAUGAAUUCAUGGUAACAUGUUUAGCCAGCGAUAAUAAUACUGAGGAUACUAGGGAAUGCAGUUUAUUUGCUGUAAUGGAGAGAAUUAUUAUCAGCUUUGGGGAGCGGCUCCACACUGUGUAUGGAGACACAUGAUUAGCAGUAAAAAUGAAUACAGUGUCAACCAAAGGGGAUCGGCGUUUGUGAUAGACAGUAAAAGUUUUUUUUUUUUUUCACAAAUUCUGAUAAAACCAUCAAAUUGGAUAUUUCAUCAAAUGUAAAGCUACUGGUUUACUCUAUAAGCAGUAAACCCUGCAAACCUUUUGGGCUUUUGAUUGGUCUUUAAAUCAAACUGAACUCCAACAAAUAAUCCUGAAAAUAAUCUCAUUGACAAAAGUAGACAACAUAAUUUGGCAUGUGAGUGCAUAUUUCCUCCUCGUUGCAUCUUUACUGUACAGUUGAAUUCAACCACUUUUACAUUUGACCUCUUCUUUAAUAACCUCGUGUUGUAAUUCUUGUUAGCCUCACCUGGUUCUUUAAUGUGAGACCAUUGAAAGUCUUGUAUGGAUUUUAUUCAUAUUUCUCACCAUGUGAUUCUGUUAAAAGUCUGAAAGACACGUUUUGGAUGAAAGAUGAGAAAAAUAAACUGUUGAAAGUU